GGUGCGUGGCCCGGGGGCCCGGGUGCAGCGGGGGCGGGGGGCCCCGCCCUGGCCCGCUCUGGUCCCCAGAACGUCCCCCAACCCCUAGCAAGUCAGUGCAGCUCCCGCCGGGCCCUUGCCAAGGGACCCCCAAUCACUGCUCCCGGGUAAGACCACUGCAGAUAGCUCCCCCAUGAACGCCCCCAGCUAGGAUGACUGCCAAAGCGCUUUCAUUCGUGGCGAUCCCCUAAACGGCUGCCAGGGCCCCCAAAUGAUACCUCCUCGUAGGAUCCCCUCCACAUAGCGCCCCCGGUCAUUGCUUCCUCCAGGUCAGCCUCCAGAUGCCAUUAGCAUUGCCCCUCCCCACGUAGGGCAGCUGCUCGUGAACCCUCUUAUUAGUAUCCUCUAUGUAAUUCUCCCCAGUGUUGCCUUAGUGCUUUGCAGCAGAACUGUCCCCCGUUAUCUCUGUCCAUACACAGCAACAGCCCCCAAUGGCCCUGACCACCUCCCUCCCCAGCAGAACGCCCCUUCGUGGGUGUGAAAAUACUUUCUAUUCUGGUCAGCACCAAGAAUGCCUUUUUCCCUUCUGCAGGUCCUCCAGUGAUUCCCCUUAAGAUUACCCCUUUCAAAGCCACCCCCCCUCGCAGCGGGACAGCUCCCUCUAGAGUUCUUUCACACUCACAUCCUCUCCCGCUUCAGGUAGAAAUAUCCGCCUGCUUAGCUCCAGGCUCCCAUGAAAUACUCCUGUACCUCCUCUCACCCCACCCUCAUCGCGGUCAGCCCGUCUUCAUUACUUCUGCCACAGAACAGUGUCCCGCAGUGAGGCGGCGAAGCCUUCCUUCCCAGAAUGUUCCUCAUCCUCUUCCUAUGGCAUGAACAACUGUUGCCCUGACCUGCAGCUUCUCACCCAGCUCUCAUGCCAUCGUCCUGGACUCCCUAGGGAAGACCCUGGACUUCACUAGGGUGUGACUUCUUUUCUCGUAGGCAUUCAUUCCGCGUUGAACGCAUAUUCACUAUUCUAGCUGAAGGGUAUAUACAGCCAUGAAGGGGAGCGAUACACACAGUCUUCUCACUGUGCGGGGUCUCACAGUCUAGUUGAUCACACACGAGUCAACAAAGAUACGCGGGGUUUUGUGGGUUCUCUGAGAGCCUGAUGAACUACUUUAGAGGUGAAACCUGAAUUACAAGAGGCAGCUUAGCCAUGCAAAGAUCUGGGUGAGCAUGCAGCAAGAACAGCAAGUGCGAAGGCCCUGAAGUGGCGGUGAGCAUGUACCCCAUUUUAAACAUGGAGAAAGUGUGGAUCCCAGUGGAGAUGGGAUUUGAACCCAGGUCUGUCCAAGCCCAAGGUCUGUGUUUUGAUUGUAUCAGACCACCUUCUGACUAUAUGCCAGCUCCCUUGCUGGAAUUUGUUUCUCCUGGGCAAGCAAAUUCUCCUUUCUACGGUCUAUUAAUAUUAAAAGAAUGCACCCCCCCAUACUGACUUUUUUCAGUUCUCUAGGCUUAUUCUGACUUCCCCGUUUCUACUAGUAGUAGUAACAGUGAUAACAGUAUCAUAUCUUCAAUUUUUUUAUUUUAAUUUUUAGAGCCAAGGUCUUGCUCUGUCACCCAGGCUGGAGUACAGUGAUGUGAUGACAACUCAUUGUAGCCUCCACCUCCCGGGCUCAAGCAGCUCUCCUGCCUCAGCCUCCCAAAGUGCUGGGAUGACAGCUGUCAGCCACUGUGCCCAGUCCCUACCUUCUAUGGACUGAGUGCUUACAGAGUGCCAGGAACCGCCCCCCUAAGAGCCUUGCACAUAUGAGUGUGUUGAAUCCUCACAGUCCUGUGAGGGUCUCCCCUCUCCCACCCGCCGGAGAUGGAGGCGAACCCAGCGGGCAGCGGCGCCGGGGGUGGCGGGAGCAGCGGCAUCGGGGGCGAGGACGGGGUGCACUUCCAGAGCUACCCCUUCGACUUCCUGGAAUUCCUCAACCACCAGCGCUUCGAGCCCAUGGAACUGUAUGGGGAACACGCCAAGGCGGUGGCGGCCCUGCCCUGUGCCCCCGGUCCCCCACCGCAGCCCCCGCCGCAGCCCCCUCCCCCGCAGUAUGACUACCCGCCCCAGUCCACCUUCAAGCCCAAGGCGGAGGUGCCCUCCUCGUCCUCGUCCUCCUCCUCCUCCUCCUCUUCCUCCUCCUCGUCGUCAUCUUCGUCCUCUUCCUCUUCCCAAGCCAAGAAGCCCGACCCGCCCCUGCCGCCCGCCUUCGGGGCGCCCCCCCCUCCCCUCUUUGACGCUGCUUUCCCCACUCCGCAGUGGGGCAUCGUGGACCUCUCAGGACACCAGCACUUGUUUGGGAACCUGAAGCGAGGAGGGCCCGCGUCCGGGCCGGGGGUGACGCCUGGGCUGGGCGCUCCCGCGGGGGCCCCAGGGCCACUUCCUGCCCCCUCGCAGACCCCGCCAGGACCCCCCGCGGCGGCGGCCUGCGACCCCACCAAGGACGACAAGGGCUACUUCCGGAGACUGAAGUACCUGAUGGAGCGGCGCUUCCCCUGCGGCGUGUGCCAGAAGUCCUUCAAGCAGUCCUCGCACCUGGUCCAGCACAUGCUGGUGCACUCGGGGGAGAGGCCCUACGAAUGCGGCGUCUGCGGCCGCACCUACAACCACGUGUCCAGCCUCAUCCGCCACCGCCGCUGCCACAAGGACGUGCCACCGGCCGCAGGGGGCCCGCCCCAGCCCGGCCCCCCGCUCCCGCCGCUGGGCCUCCCAGCACCCGCUGCCAGCGCAGCCACCGCCGCCGCCCCCUCCACGGUGUCCUCGGGCCCUCCAGCCACGCCCGCGGCGCCCACCCCCUCCGCAGACGGGAGCGCCGCCCCUGCUGGUGUGGGGGUGCCCCCUCCCGCCACCGGGGGCGGCGAUGGCCCGUUCGCCUGCCCACUCUGCUGGAAGGUUUUCAAGAAGCCCAGUCACCUCCACCAGCACCAGAUCAUCCACACGGGCGAGAAGCCCUUCUCCUGCUCCGUGUGCAGCAAGAGCUUCAACCGCAGGGAGAGUCUGAAGCGCCACGUGAAGACGCACUCGGCUGACCUCCUGCGCCUGCCCUGCGGCAUCUGCGGGAAGGCCUUCCGCGACGCCUCCUACCUCCUCAAGCACCAGGCGGCCCACGCGGGGGCGGGCGCCGGGGGGCCUCGGCCCGUGUACCCCUGCGACCUGUGCGGCAAGUCCUACUCGGCGCCGCAGAGCCUGCUCCGCCACAAGGCCGCCCACGCCCCGCCCGCUGCCGCUGCGGAGGCUCCCAAGGACGGGGCGGCCUCGGCCCCGCAGCCCCCGCCCACCUUUCCCCCGGGCCCGUACCUCCUGCCCCCCGACCCUCCCACCACAGACAGCGAGAAGGCGGCGGCGGCUGCGGCGGCGGUGGUGUAUGGCGCCGUGCCUGUCCCGCUCCUGGGCGCCCACCCGCUGCUGCUCGGCGGCGCGGGGACCAGCGGGGCGGGAGGCUCGGGCGCCAGCGUCCCAGGAAAGACGUUCUGCUGCGGCAUCUGCGGGCGCGGCUUCGGGCGCCGCGAGACCCUGAAGCGCCAUGAGCGCAUCCACACGGGCGAGAAGCCCCACCAGUGCCCCGUGUGCGGGAAACGCUUCCGCGAAUCCUUCCACUUGAGCAAGCAUCACGUGGUGCACACGCGCGAGCGGCCCUACAAGUGCGAGCUCUGCGGCAAGGUCUUCGGCUACCCGCAGAGCCUCACCCGCCACCGCCAGGUGCACCGGCUCCAGCUGCCCUGCGCCCUAGCCGGGGCAGCCGGCCUACCUUCCACCCAGGGCGCGCCGGGGGCCUGUGGGCCCGGGGCCUCGGGCACGUCUGCAGGGCCCACCGAUGGGCUGAGCUACGCCUGCUCGGACUGCGGCGAGCACUUCCCGGAUCUCUUUCACGUCAUGAGUCACAAGGAGGUCCACAUGGCAGAGAAGCCAUACGGCUGCGACGCCUGCGGCAAGACCUUCGGCUUCAUCGAGAACCUUAUGUGGCACAAGCUGGUCCACCAGGCCGCCCCCGAGCGCCUGCUCCCGCCCACACCCGGCGGCCCGCAGCCCCCGGACGGCUCCAGCGGCACGGACGCGGCCAGCGUCCUGGACAACGGGCUGGCGGGGGAGGUGGGGGCGGCCGUGGCGGCACUGGCAGGGGUGUCUGGGGGUGAGGACGCAGGCGGGGCGGCGGUGGCAGGGGUUGGCGGGGGUGCCAGUUCCGGCCCCGAGCGCUUCAGCUGUGCCACGUGCGGCCAGAGUUUCAAGCACUUCCUGGGCCUCGUGACUCACAAGUACGUGCACCUGGUGCGACGGACUCUAGGCUGCGGCCUCUGCGGCCAGAGCUUCGCAGGCGCCUACGACUUGCUCCUGCACCGCCGCAGCCAUCGGCAGAAGCGGGGUUUCCGCUGCCCGGUGUGCGGGAAGCGCUUCUGGGAGGCGGCCCUGCUGAUGCGCCACCAGCGCUGCCACACGGAACAGCGGCCGUACCGAUGUGGCGUGUGCGGCCGAGGCUUCCUGCGCUCCUGGUACCUGCGGCAGCACCGCGUGGUGCACACUGGCGAGCGGGCCUUCAAGUGCGGCGUGUGCGCCAAGCGCUUCGCGCAGUCGUCCAGCCUGGCAGAGCACCGGCGGCUGCACGCUGUGGCCCGGCCCCAGCGCUGCAGCGCCUGUGGCAAGACCUUCCGCUACCGCUCCAACCUGCUGGAGCACCAGCGGCUGCACCUGGGCGAGCGCGCCUACCGCUGUGAGCACUGCGGCAAGGGCUUCUUCUACCUGAGCUCCGUGCUGCGCCACCAGCGCGCCCAUGAGCCGCCGCGACCCGAGCUCCGCUGCCCCGCCUGCCUCAAGGCCUUCAAGGAUCCCGGCUACUUCCGUAAGCACCUGGCUGCCCACCAGGGCGGCCGGCCCUUCCGCUGCUCCUCCUGCGGCGAGGGCUUCGCCAACACCUACGGCCUCAAGAAACACCGCCUGGCGCACAAGGCCGAGAACCUCGGGGGGCCUGGAGCAGGGGCGGGCACCUUGGCCGGGAAGGAUGCCUGACCGAGGGGUUCCCAUCCCACUCCCAUCAAAAGCCCCCUUCUGGACUCCCACCUCCCAGUACUGAUCAGACUCUUCCUCGCCCCUCACUUUGCCCCAUCCUUCAGAACUUCAGACGGACUAGCGACCUUCAGGGCGCACGCCCGACAGGCUCAAGACUGAGUCACUCCCAUCCUCGACCUCUCUGCCCUCCCCUCAUCCCAUCAGACACUGAACCCUAUCCUCCGUCCAACCCUCGUUUGUGACCCGCAUCAGCCUCCGCCCCAGCAGCACUCUGCCCCCAGUAAGUUUUGGCGGAGAUGGGUCUGAACCGCCCCUCCCCCUCCUUUGGAAUCUGGCUGGACAGUGGAGUAUGAGCAGAGUUGGGAGGGCACAAGGGAGUGCUGGGUGCUUUUUGGGGUGGGGGGGUGGGGGGCGGGGUGGCAGACGCGGCUUGUACAGAGCGGAGAAUAAUAAAUCUUACCAUGAGGGCCGCUGGAGUCCAUCUUUGCAUCCCACCCAGGGAGAGUGGGGAUUACAUGGUGGCAAAGCACAAAGUUAAAACUUGUUUCCUCUGCAAUUUUGAUGCCGGGCACCUCUGUCUCUCACUCACUGUCAUUCAACAGGGACUUACUGAGGAUUUGCUGUAUUCCCAGCGUUAGUCUGAGCUGGGCAAAUGGAGAUGGACAAGACAGGUAAGUGUCUGCUCUCAGGAACUGACUUAACAUGCCCCGACUCUUCCCCUUUCUGAUGCUUUCAGCCUUUGUUCACUCCACCGCCACUUCCGGAGGCCUCUUGCCAGCCAGGCCCUGAGCUGGGCACUGGGGAAACAGAUGAAUUGGACAUGCCCCUUGGCCUCAAGUAACACGAAAGAGAACUCCCAUCCGGCUGCCGCGGCUGCCUCACAACCAUGUGCAGACUGAUGGUCAUGAUACAUACAGCUCCCUCUUAGCACUUGCCCUCCAGGAUAAUGAUUGGGAGAUUCAAAAGCCCGUUCACAGCUCUCAUGUUGGCUCUGGGAACAGCAAGAUGUAUGCCUGGCAAUGUGUGUUUCGUUAUCUCAUUUGUUAGAAGGGCCUGGGGUCCUGAAGAACAAAGGUGCUCCAGGGACAUCUCGAAAAUCCACAGAAUUUGGACUCCAGGCUGGGCAUGGUGGUUCACGCCUGUAAUCCCAGCAUUUUGGGAGGCCGAGGCGGGCAGAUCACUUGAGGUCAGGCGUUUGAGACCAGCCUGGCCAAAGUGGUGAAACCCCAUCUCUACUAAGAAUACAAAACUUAGCUGGGCAUGGUGGUGGGCGCCUGUAAUCCCAGCUACUCAGGAGGCUGAGGCAGGAGAAUCACUUGAACUCAGGAGGCAGAGGUUGCAGUGAGCUGAGAUCGCACCACUGCAUCCAGCCUGGGCGACAGAGUGAGACUCCAUCUCAACAAAUAAAUAAUUUGGACUUCAGUCCCAGAGUACUUCAGUACAGAAACUUUAAGAUGAGGCCAGGUGCGGUGGCUCAUGCCUGUAAUCCCAGUACUUUGGGAGCCCAAGGCGAGCAGAUCACCUGAGGUCAGGAGUUCGAGACCAGUCUGGCCAACAUGGUGAAACAUCCUUUCUACUAAAAGUACAAAAAUUAGCUGGGUGUGGUGGCAUGCGCCUGUAAUUCCAGCUACUCGGGAGGCUGAGGCAGGAGAAUCACUUGAACCCAGAAAGCGGAGGUUGCCGUGAGCUGAGAUUGCACCACUGCACUCCAGCCUGGGCGACAAGAGCGAGACUCCAUCUCAAAAAAAAAAAAAGGAAAAAAGAAAGAAACUUGAAGAUGAAACUAGGUAAGAGAACGCUGCCUGGGUGAGUCCUGUGUGACCCAUGGGAGAGCAGCUACCCUGUGUGGCUCCAUGUUCUAAUGCUGAAGACCCAGCAUGAGACAGACGUUGUGCCAGUGCCCCCAGGGUUCAGGGUUCAGCAGUAACGUGGAAAUGGAGCCUCACAAUGUAAGGGACAUGGAAGUAUCACUAGGGGUUGAGGGAGCACAGAGGAGUCACCUUGUCAGAGUGGAAGGGGGGCUAGAAAAGCUUCUUGGGGAGAAGGUGAUCCCUGAACGAUGACAUACACCAACUGGAGUUUGCCAGGUAAAGAAGUGGCAAAGAGGCCGGGCACGGUGGCUCACGCCUGUAAUCCCAGCACUUUGGGAGGCUGAGGCAGGUGGAUCACGAGGUCAGGAGAUCGAGACCUUCCUGGCUAACACGGUGAAACCCCGUCUCUACUAAAAAUACAAAAAAAAUAGCGGGGUGUGGUGGUGAGUGCAGGUGGCGGGCGCCUGUAGUCCCAGCUACACAGGAGGCUGAGGCAGGAGAAUGGCGUGAACCCGGAAGGCGGAGCUUGCAGUGAGCCGAGAUCAUGCCACUGCACUCCAUCCUGGGCGACAGAGCAAAACUCCGUCUCAAAAAAAUAAAUAAAUAUGAAAAAAAAAGAAGUGGCAAAGAUUUCCAGGCAGAGAGUUUAUUGUGUUGAACUAAACCCUGCUAUUCUGGAGCAUUUAAGACAGAUUACUAUGGCUGGAGGUUGGGUUCUUGGGGGCUAAACCCUGAAGGGUCUUGAAUUCCAAAUUGUGGGGCUUGGGUGAUUUUAUAGGCUAGAGGCUGGAAACUGGCAGCUGCAAGGCCGAAUAUGACCACCAAUACAUUUUUGUUUAGUCUGUGCAUUUUUUAAAAAGUUUGACUUGACUGCCAACAUUGGGAAAUCAAAAGAUUUUACAUAAUGUGAACUAAUGGAACUUCUGAAAGAAACUGGAAGAUGUGGCAACCCAAUCUGUGUUCCGGAGCUGAGCAGCCAUUACCCUCUUCUGAAGGGGCACUCUCCAAUUUGUUGAAUACCAAUUCUGAGACCUGGUGGCAAUCGCCAUUAUUUCAUGUUGCUGAUAUUUCCCCCUUGAACGUGGCCGUCUUGCUCAUGUAUUUACAUUUUCACCCAGCUCUUGUAGGCAUUCACAUUUCCAAAUCGUCUCAAAGCCACAAGGAGCUGUGGCUUGGUGACAAGGAUCUGCGUGGAUGCCAUAUGGAGAAUGAAGAGGGCAGGUGGCUGGGCUCAGUGGCUCACGCCUGUAAUCCCAACACUUUGGGAGGCCGAGGCAAGUGGAUCACCUGAGGUCAGGAAUUUGAGACCAGCCUGGCCAACAUGAUGAAACCCCAUCUCUACUAAAAAUACAAAAA